UUUUCUGUUACACAAAGUGAAGUCAUAGCCUAAAAUAAGAGCACAUUUCUGAUUGCCGUUUUAAAGCAGUUCCAAUGUUUAAUAUGGGGGUUUCAACUCUCACAAACAUGUCUCUCAAAUUAUGACCUGUGCAAAAACAUUUUAACAAAACAAAAACACAUUAUUCAGCUCAUACUGGUCAGGAAACAAUUUGUGAAGUAUUAUCUAAAAGAUAUGAAGACGCACCCACUCUCUGUUCAUUAAAUACUAAUUAUUUUAUCAUAAAACCUGCAGUACAGUAUUCAACAUUGAUCUUGUUUUUCGGAAAAAAAAUUUGGGCAUUCAGAGAAUUUUGCCUGUGAUUCCUGGAAAGCAGGUUGAACUGUAUUCUAGAAACUUCAGUUGUGGCACUGACUUUACUCGCAGUCAGGUAAACAUGAACACCUACAAUUUAUUUACUCCUCAUCUCACUUAUCUCAGCUUCCAAAGUUUACAGUGGCGUGGGACCUACAUGUAAUAAAAGAUUAAAAAAGGAGUAAAUAUGGAUCUGAUUCACACAACAACAGCUGAUUAUCAAAUUAUGUCUGGACCCAUUAAAAUCACAAAAUGCAAUGGUAGUGUCUGUUCGAGAAUAAACCUCAAGACCGGCGUUUGGAUUAAAGGAUCACCUUCACUGGAAGUGAGAUCAGUUUGUUGGUUAAGGCUGAGCAUAUAAUUUAUUUAAAUUACUGGUCUAAACUGCUGUAACACUGCUUAUUUUGUUAACCAUUUUAAAAGGUGUGUAGAAUGAGCCACAUGCUGACUAUAGGGAAAUACUGUGUCAGAUAUUCAACAUGUAGUGCACACCAUGACCUUAUGAAAUGUAAGUUUUAUGAAAAAUGCAUAAGCAUAAAUGACUCCUUGAUUUCAGGGCAAUGUAUUCUUUUUCCUCAUUCUUUGUUCAGUACAGACACUACACAAAAUCCAGUAUUUUUCCAUCAACUGACGUUUAAGUUGCGUUGCGUCACGUGACUUGCAAAUGGAGAGGAGACAGGGAACAUGGGAGCGUUUGAUGUCCCUGAGAAGUGCCACACUGCCGGUUUAUUAUGUUUAUUGAGUGAUUCGAUGUGUUUAUCAUAUAUCACUGCCAUAUUGGAGUUAGCUUCGCGAUAGUUAAGUUUACGGAGACCAUCACAAGCCAAUUGUAUCAGGCUCUGAUCCAUGCCAUGCGUAUCAUACCCUGACUCUGAACAACCACUCCCCUUCGUGGCUCGUGGAAAAUUACCAGCUUACAAUCAGCACAAGUACAGGCUCCAACAUCCGCCUCACGGACUCGAUGCCCUCAAUCGCCUUCAGUCCACCGUGAAAUUAAUUUUCCGAACAUGUACACAAUUACCAAGCGAUCGCUGUUGUUGGAUAUCAAAAAACUGUAUAUUUAAAGCACACGGAAUUUUUAAAAAGUGGGCGUUUUUCGGAAGAGUCGCGCAAAAUACAUAAUUCGAAACUUGCAUUUCCCUAAAAAAGCAACAAACAAAUAAUACGCGAUCAUAAUAUUAUCUCAAAUUACAAGUCCGUUCUGCACGCAGUUUGCCUUCUUUUUCUCUAAACGGGCGGAGCAGUCGCGUGGGCACUCGAAAGGGUUGAGAUUGAUUGACGUGCGCGCCAUCCAAUGGAUCGCGAGCAAGGACGCGCUUAGCAACGCUGCGGCCAAUGGCACACCUCCAUGGGCGUGACGUUAAUCCAAACUUUUCGCGGCGCCACCGGCUGAAAACUAAACCGAGAUGGAAUCUCCCAGUCUGAACCGGUUUCAACCGGUUACGAGUUUGUUGCUUGUGAGAAGAAGAGACACAGGCUCAGUCUCUAAUACCGCCCUGGUGCAAAAUAUACUUCAGUACAGAGCACACUUCUUAAUUAAGGUUAACUUUGUUUCGCAACAUGAACCGGACUGAGAAAAUACUGAACUCGCCGUGAUUGUUGGUGCGGAAUUCACAUCCUAGUGGUCCUUAAAUCAAGCUACUAGCUUGUGUAGUCUUCACAGAGGAAUAGUGUGGCUGGCCAGUCAACGGCUCAUUCUAAAGCUCUUUUGCCAGAAAGCGUGUUAAAAAACCAGGCACCAACGAUACUGGAUCAAAUAAACAUAAUUUUAGCAACUCUGGCAGACAAGCCCACCUUCUUUCUCUCAAAGGCUUGGACUUUAGAGCUCUAUGCCAGCAAUUAUGACAAUGUUAGCCGACCAUGCAGCCAGACAGCUGCUGGACUUUAACCAGAAACUGGAUAUCAACCUGCUGGAUAAUGUGGUCAACUGUCUGUACCAUGGGGUUGGGCCACAGCAAAGAAUGGCCCAGGAGGUGCUGACUCAUUUGAAGGAGCACCCAGAUGCGUGGACACGUGUUGACACUAUUCUGGAGUUCUCUCAGAAUAUGAACACCAAAUACUAUGCUCUGCAGAUUCUGGAAACAGUUAUUAAAACAAGAUGGAAGAUUCUUCCCAGAAACCAGUGUGAAGGCAUUAAAAAGUAUGUCGUGGGCCUCAUUAUCAAGACAUCAUCAGAUGCAGCCAAUGUUGAGAAAGAGAAAGUGUACAUUGAAAAUUCCCAGAAUGCCCCACUCGUGCAUGCUACAUUAGAGACUCUGCUGAGGUUUCUCAACUGGAUUCCCUUGGGCUAUAUCUUUGAAACUAAACUCAUCAGUACUCUAGUGUACAAGUUUUUGAAUGUGCCGAUGUUUCGCAACGUGACUCUGAAGUGCUUGACUGAGAUAGCAGGAGUCAGUGUCAGCCAGUACGAGGAGCAGUUCGUCAGUCUCUUCACUCUGACCAUGAUGCAGCUCAAACAGAUGCUUCCUUUGAACACCAACAUUCGAUUGGCGUAUGCAAAUGGUAAAGAUGAUGAGCAAAACUUCAUUCAGAACCUCAGCCUGUUCCUCUGCACCUUCCUCAAAGAGCACGGACAGCUGAUAGAAAAGAGACUGAACCUCAGAGAGACGCUUAUGGAGGCUCUACAUUACAUGUUGCUAGUGUCAGAGGUGGAGGAGACAGAGAUCUUUAAGAUCUGUUUGGAGUACUGGAACCACCUAGCAGCUGAGCUUUACAGAGAGAGUCCUUUCUCAACAUCCACUUCUCCUCUCCUCUCAGGGAGCCAACACUUCGAUGUACCUCCCCGCAGACAACUCUACCUGCCUGUGCUGUCUAAGGUGCGUUUGUUGAUGGUGAGCCGCAUGGCCAAGCCAGAGGAAGUGCUGGUGGUGGAGAAUGAUCAGGGCGAGGUGGUUCGAGAGUUCAUGAAGGAUACAGACUCCAUUAACCUCUACAAGAACAUGAGGGAGACUCUUGUCUAUCUUACCCAUCUGGACUAUGCCGAUACCGAGCGUAUUAUGACAGAAAAGCUUCAUAAUCAGGUGAACGGUACUGAGUGGUCCUGGAAGAACCUGAACACAUUGUGCUGGGCCAUUGGUUCCAUCAGUGGAGCCAUGCAUGAAGAGGAUGAAAAGCGGUUCCUUGUCACUGUCAUUAAGGACCUGCUGGGUCUAUGUGAGCAGAAGAGAGGCAAGGAUAACAAGGCCAUCAUUGCCUCCAACAUCAUGUACAUAGUUGGCCAGUAUCCACGAUUCCUACGUGCACACUGGAAAUUCCUGAAGACUGUUGUCAACAAAUUGUUUGAGUUCAUGCAUGAAACCCAUGAUGGAGUGCAAGACAUGGCGUGUGACACCUUCAUUAAGAUUGCUCAGAAGUGCAGGAGGCAUUUUGUGCAGGUGCAGGUGGGAGAGGUGAUGCCCUUCAUUGAUGAGAUCCUCAACAACAUCAACACCAUCAUCUGUGACCUCCAGCCCCAGCAGGUGCAUACAUUUUACGAAGCUGUCGGCUAUAUGAUUGGAGCGCAGACCGACCAGGCUGUACAGGAACACCUGAUAGAGAAGUACAUGUUGUUGCCUAACCAGGUGUGGGACAGCAUCAUUCAGCAGGCCACCAAGAAUGUGGACAUCCUGAAGGACCCGGAGACAGUGAAGCAGUUGGGCAGCAUCCUGAAGACCAACGUCAGAGCAUGUAAAGCCGUGGGACACCCUUUUGUUAUUCAGCUGGGCCGGAUCUACCUGGACAUGCUAAAUGUAUACAAGUGCCUCAGUGAGAACAUCUCUGCUGCCAUCCAAACUAAUGGUGAGAUGGUGACAAAGCAGCCUCUCAUCAGGAGCAUGCGCACAGUAAAGAGAGAGACUCUAAAGCUGAUCUCAGGCUGGGUCAGCCGCUCCAAUGACCCACAGAUGGUGGGGGAGAACUUUGUUCCUCCGCUGUUGGAUGCUGUGCUCAUUGAUUACCAGCGCAAUGUCCCAGCAGCAAGAGAACCCGAAGUGCUUAGUACCAUGGCAACAAUCGUAAACAAACUGGGUGGACACAUUACUGGAGAGAUCCCACAGAUAUUUGAUGCAGUGUUUGAGUGCACAUUAAAUAUGAUCAACAAAGAUUUUGAAGAGUACCCAGAACACCGGACACAUUUCUUCUACCUGCUGCAGGUGGUGAACUCUCACUGUUUCCCAGCAUUCUUGGCAAUCCCACCAGCCCAGUUUAAGCUUGUGCUUGACUCUAUUAUAUGGGCUUUUAAACACACUAUGAGAAAUGUGGCAGACACCGGCCUUCAGAUUCUCUACACGCUGCUGCAGAACGUGGCUCAGGAAGAAGCGGCAGCGCAGAGCUUCUAUCAGACAUACUUCUGUGACAUCCUACAACACAUCUUUUCUGUCGUCACGGAUACAUCACAUACUGCUGGUUUGACUAUGCAUGCUUCUAUUCUGGCGUACAUGUUUAACCUUGUUGAGGAAGGGAAAAUCAGUGCAGCUCUAAACCCCUCAAGCCCAGUCAACAACCAAGUGUUUAUUCAGGAGUAUGUGGCCAACUUGCUCAAAUCAGCUUUUCCACACUUACAAGAUGCCCAGGUCAAAGUAUUUGUGACUGGCCUGUUCAGUUUAAACCAAGACAUCCCAGCAUUCAAAGAACACUUGAGGGAUUUUCUUGUACAGAUCAAGGAAUUUGCGGGUGAGGACACCUCUGAUCUAUUCCUGGAGGAGAGGGAGGCGUCGCUGCGUCAGGCCCAGGAAGAGAAACACAAGCUGCAGAUGUCCGUGCCUGGCAUCCUCAACCCUCACGAAAUACCAGAGGAGAUGUGCGACUGAGUUGGCACGCAAAUGCACAGCACACACACUGCGCUGACUCCUAAACAAACUAAACACGACUAAAGC